UGCUGCCUCAAGUGCUGUGGUACACCCUCUGUGUACUGUCUGGCCAGGAUAGAAAAAAGAAAGGCUAUUGUGUUCACUAAAGGGUUAAUAUAAAUAUAUAAAAACAUAUUCGUGAGAAGCUGGACGAUAUACCAUUCUGUAUGUCCAAUGAAUAAGUAUAUUCACUAAAUGGGAUCAAUGUAUAAAGACUGCAGUAUACUCGUUGAUACUUAAUAACAGACUCGUGAGAAGGAGCAGCUUUACCACAAAUGUACUGCAUCUCAUUUGUUUGUGAAGGAAGCAGGUAAUUUCUCUGUGGAGGGUGAUGUAAGAUGUUCUUACAUAUCUGGAUACACUAUGGCAUCUUCAUAAAAAAACUUCAACAUUACCAUGAACUCUACUGUUGAUAUUAUGACCCCAAGUUGUAAUCACCCGAACAUAACAAUCACCAGAGGAAGUUACUCACAAUCCACAUCAACAGCUCCAGCCAUAAGUAUUUGUGCUCAUGGCUGGUACCCAAGUGUUAUGACCAAGAGUGUUAGUCACAGGAAUACUGAAGAUCAGGAUCAACAGAGAAAUUGUGAAGGUGUCUUGAAGAUUGUUGACUCUUUUGACAAAGUUCUCCAGAUUUUACAAGCAGAAGAGAAGGCAACAGGGAUGCAUUUUGUAGGUCAUAGAAAGGAAGGAAUCUUUGACAGACUUGGGUCAGAUAUGAAGGCUUAUAUUGGAGAAGGAAGGAAGCACAUCAGAUACUCAGUGAGCGUAGGAACAAAGGGAAGAGGCUUUGACCCAGUGCCAGUGGAGUACACUGGGGUGCCCUUCAUUGAGGCUGGAACUUAUGUCCUGGAGUGCCACUUGGGUAAUGACAGUGGAGCAUGGAACAAGAGGAGAUAUGCAGCAAACAGAGACCGGACUAAGUACUUACAGAAGGAAAGUGUUCAACAGUUGGUGAAGAGGAGGAUUCGUUCACACGAUACUAAAAAGAUGGGCUGUCCUGCCAAGGUGCACAUAAAGAGAAUCCUUAAACUUCCUGACUUUAAGAUAAGGCAGAAUACAACAGCAGAGAGAGAUGAAAAUCGCUCAAGGAUUAUAUCAGCCCUGAAGUGCGACUUGGACACCGUUAACUUCCAGCCAAUGUAUUACAUUCUUCUUCCAGACCUUGACAACCAUAAAUAUCAUGUGGUAGCUUUUGUAGCUGGAGUAAUGGUACGAAAAGGCAAGGAUAGAGCCUUACACCUUCAUGAGAUAAGGAAGUACUUGGAGACUGGUGCUUACCUGCCUUCUGUUCACAUCAAUGAGAAGAAAGGCAUUCGUAUUGCUGCAAAGUCAUUCAAACUUGAAGAUAAAUUGAUGUACUACAUUGGCAAGGAUGGAUGUGAGAAGAGGAUUGUACUGUACACAGAUGAACAAAAACAGAAGGUCUUUGAUGAAUAUCACAUACUUAAAUCUCGAGAACAUUAUGAUAGUGCUCAAACCUUAUAUAAUUUGGCAGAGAGGUUCUACUGGACAAGUAUGGCAGAGGAUGUUAUUGCUAUGAUAACUUCAUGUGAUUAUUGUAGGUACAAGAAAAGAAACAACUCCUUGGAAUAUACUUACAGCCAUAAAAAACAACUCCAGGGAGGGAGCCAUCAUAUGGUGUGUGAGUUGAAGAGACUCAAGACACCGGCAACCAUACAAAGAGGAUCGUCCAGUAUAAAAUCUAAUGUCACCUUGAAACCAGAGUGUCUCCCAGCUGGUGAGAUACACAACAACUUUACAAAUACUACAACUUCAAAGGCUUUCUUAAAGUCAAAUUAUCUGCCAUCUAGUGAAAAAGAUAACAAGUUAACAAGUAUUUGUGACAACAUAAUACAUAAGUCAUCAACACCUGUGGAUGUCAGUGGUACCAGAGUCCAGGACACCCACCUAAAGGGAACUCUGAAAGUAGUUGACUCAUAUGAAGAGGUCUUGAAGCUUAUUAUAGCAGAAGAAAAGGCAACAGGAAUGCACUUUGUGGGGCACCGAAAGGAGGGAAUUUUUGACAGGAUCGGGUCAGAUAUGAAGGCUUAUAUUGGAGAAGGAAGGAAACACAUCAGAUACUCAGUGAGUGUAGGAACAAAGGGAAGAGGCUUUGACCCAGUGCCAGUGGAGUACACUGGGGUGCCCUUCAUUGAGGCUGGAACUUAUGUCCUGGAAUGCCACUUGGGUAAUGACAGUGGAGCAUGGAACAAGAGGAGAUAUGCAGCAAACAGAGAUCAGAUGGAGGAGAAAAAACUAAUGGUCACCAAGAGAAGAAUCCUCACACAAAGUACAAAAAAGGUUGGCUGCCCUGCCAAAGUGCACAUUAAGAGAAUUCUGAGAAUGCCAGACUUUAAGGUCAAGAACAAUACAACAGCUGAAAGAAGCAGGAAUAGAGUGAGGAUUAUCCAAGCACUGCGGGAAGACAUAGAGAGUGUUAACUUCCAAACUGUGUACUACAUUUUGCUGCCACAAUUGGAGAGUCACAAGUUCCACUCAGUUGAUAUUGUGGCUGGGGUAAUGGUGAGCAAAGGAGAGGCUGGACUACUUCACCUCCAGCAAGUCAGACACUACCUGGAGACAGGAACAUACUUGCCAUCUGUUCCCUCAAAAAAGAAGAAUGGAAUAAGAAAAUCAUCAAAAGAGUUCAUCAUAGAUGGCAAAACAAUGUACUACAUUGGCAAGGAUGGAUCACAGAAGAGAAUUGUUCCCCUCUCAGAAAAUGAGAGACAGAGAGCCUUUCAGAAGUGCCAUGCUCUUACUUCUGGAUAUCACUGUGAUCGAACCGAAACUUUGCAACGUCUAGCGAAGCAAUUUUACUGGACAAGUUUGAUUGAAGAUGUUUGUACAAAGAUUGAUCGUUGUAAAACAUGUGAGUCAAACAAACUUAUUCAGCACACUCAUUGUUAUGGAAAAUCUGUAAAUACAUUACAUAAGGCAGAAAAUCAGCAGACAGCGAUGACUGAGCAAGCAGGUGUUCCCUCCUCAACGUAUUUAACUCCAGUGACAUAUGAAAAGGAAAACUGUGACAAUGAGGUUGUGGAAGAAAUGCCUCUUGUACCAGCAUCUCACCAGGACUCAUGUCAUUCAUAUCUUAAAGACCAGCAGGUAUACCAGACCACUUUUGGCAGUAUCCAUCAGCUGGAGGAUGGAGGCCAUCUGGUAGUUAUCGCAGAUGAUACCUUAGAUCUAGAAAAUUGGACCUGAAAAAUGCAUCAUUAACUAUUUGCCAUAACAGGAGAGAGUGAAUAGCUUUGUUCUGUAUGAUUUUGAUUAAAAAUUCACACAUAAAGAUAUAAAAUAUUCUAAACCAAUUUAUCUGAAAUAUUGUGUAAACAAAUAUUAUAUACCAUAGAUAAACCUCUAAAGGUAAUAAAAAAUAUCAAAUUAUAUAAAAAUCAAUUCUAGAUAUGAACAGCUUUUAUUUUACAGAUACAGUACUGAUGUCAUUACUGUACAUUGAUAUAUCAUGUAAGCCAAUUUGGUUUUGGUGUAAUGAAUAUAACUUAACACUGUACCAGCAAAGUUAAGAUCCUUGGUUAGAUUCCCUUGCAAUUUUGGAAAAAAAAUAUUGUACUUAGUGUUCUUAUUUUGUCUACUUGCAUAUUGUACAAGUAAGGGACUUGUAAGUACCUUUAUCAGAACCUGGCUGCCAACCUUGGUGGUCUAGGUUCAAAUCCCAGCACCCUGAGGUGAAUUUUUUUUUUACAUUAAGGGAAGAGAUAAUAGUGUUUAUGUCGUAGUGGUAGUAAUUACUAGGCAGCUAUCAAACAGGGAGGUACUACUGCCUGGAAAAAUAUUG